CCACUGAAUAUUUUGGGUGGAAAUUAUUAUUGAUUUUCAUAGCUGAUGGCCCGAGAAAAUGCCAGGAAAACCACACAGAGAAGAGCAGCCGCAAAAACCAAUGACGGCGGCGCUUUCGCUCCCAACACAAAGACCAUGGCCUACCAAUAUCAUCUCUACCACCAGCGCCACCAGACAGCAUCCGCAAAGAUGUCUUUCCCUUAACGUUCAAAGCCUCAGAUUUGACUUUCAAGAUAAUAAAUCCACCCAAUAUAUUGGUGGUGCCAGUGCACUCAAUUCCAUUAAACUACAGCAAAACACCUCUAACAAGUCCAGACCAAAGGAAAGAAAACAACAAAAUCAAGAACCUAAAGAGGAACAAAAGAGGCAGCUGAGUGGUGCUGAUGUAUUAUGGGCACUAAAAAGAGCUACUGCUCAGAAAUCCAAGAAAAAGAAAGACAAAAGGGUCACCUUACCUAGAGAUGAAAUAUUUGUAAGACCAAAAAUCGAAGGGAGUGUAGAUUACAGUAGAGUAACUAGUGUUAGACCCUUGUACAUCAAAAGUGAAUGGAGUGACCGGUUGGAGGAAUUGGAGAGGCAACUUCAGGAGCUUAUAGAUACCUAGGAUUGUUUGAAUUGUUUUCAGAGGUAAAACUGUUCUUCAUCUUCGCAUAGGAUGAAUAAAUAGAAGAAGAAGAUUGUGACUUGGUGCCUUUUGGUGGUACUAGUAUCACAAUCUGCUCAAUGAAUUCUUAUCUUCUGUUUUGAUGUGCUUCUAAUAUAUUUGCAAGAUUGCAUGAUGUAUUUGUGCCAUUGGCCCAUUGUUAAGAGUAGUAUUACUUAUUGGAAAUGCCAUCUUUGUCGUGUAUAACCAGUGAUUCAGAAUACUGCUUCGUUGUGAUUA